AUGAAAAAAUCCCGAGAAAAUGGCUUUGAUUCGAAAGAACUUAAGCUCUAUUGGAAUGUGGAACAAAUUGAAAAUCUUUGUCCUGAAUCAAGCGAAAAAAUUCUGUUUGAUCCAUCGGAUGAUGAUGCUGUUGAAAAUCUUCGUCAAUAUCCUGUUAGUGAACGAAAUCAUAGUGGUAAAAUAAUUUAUGUAACAAAUGGCAUCGAAAAAGCAGUUUUUGAUGUACCGGAAAACGUUCAAAUUAUUCUUUUGAAUUUUGCAAAUGAACAAUCUCCAGGUGGUGGAUAUUUAAGACAUGCACGAGCACAAGAAGAAGUUCUUCUUUAUAAUUCUGAUGGUUAUCGUGCAUUACUUGAUCUAAAAUAUGGACGAAUGAAUGGUGGUUAUGCAAUACCUGAAUUUGGAUUAGCUUAUGUUCGUAAUAUUCGAAUUUUUAAAUCGUUAUCAUCGGAUGAAUAUCGAAAAGCUGAUAUGUUAGUAUCUGCUUGUUAUUGUAUGAGUGGACAUGAACUUUAUAAUAAUCCAAGAACUAAAGCUGACUGGGAAAAAAAGAAUUUAUCAAAAUUUCGUGCGUUUAUAGCAGCGGCUGUUGCCAAUACAAUUGGUGAUGGAAAAAACACGUAUCUUCUACUUGGACCUAUUGGUACUGGUGCAUUUGGAAAUGAUGUUAAUUCUAUUGGUGAAGUUUUUCAUAAAGCACUUAACUUACCAAUGAUGGGUUCGAAAGGAUCAAUAAAACAUGCUUUUGAACAGAUUUGGUUUGUUUCGACUGAUCGAUGGAAAAAUGACGAAUUCAAGAAGAUCUUUGCUAGAGAUAAAUCCGACAACUAGUAAAAAUCUUAUUUUUCCUUUGCACUAUUGCAUUGAAAUGUGACAAAAAUAAAAAGAUUUUUAUAUACAGUAAAACCUCUAUCUCCUAUGUCAACAACUCGUUAUACUGAACACCUCGACAUUCUGAAUGUAAACACUUUUUUCAGUCCCACCAUAUGAAUCACCCUUUGUAAUAUGAACAUGAACAGAAUGCUAUGUGAAUACACCAAUCAUGAUUCUUAAUUCAAAGUAAAUUAGUUGGUUCGAUAUUGAAGUCUUAAUACAUAGUCAAAAUAAGCUACAUACAAAAGUGUAUGUAACUUAUCCUUAGUCGUGCGAGUCAAUACAAAUGCAUUCCAAAUUUUAUUCUUAUCUAUCCAAGAAUAGUUUGACAAGCGUGUAGGAAAUUUUGUUAUUGUAAGUGAAUAGAUUGAUACAAAUCGAAUUAUUACAAUUUCAUUAUUUUCGGAAAUUAUCUUACGAAAUUAAUUUACACUUUCAGUACAUUUAGUAUAAUAAUUUUAGUUGAAUUAAUUAGUAUCUAUUUUUCGUAAAAAUAAAAAAUAUUAUUAAUAAAAUAGUCAAUAUAAGAAAAUACACAAAAGAUGUUAAACGAAUAUAGAAAUUUAACUGCGGUUACAUUAGAAAUCACCUUUGUAAGUUGAAAUGAAAAAAAAGAAUCUUUCUGUGAGACGCUCUAAGCAAUUCAUUUUGAAUUAUCUAUUAACUUUUGACUUCUCCAGAUUUUUGUUUUUUACAUUUCAAUUGAAAUGAUAAUUUUCGUUCAAUUAAGAAAUCUUCAAAUUGAUCAUUUUUGAAACCAAAAAGAAAAGCUUCUCAAUGAUAAAAUUAAAGAUAGUUUGUGUUAAAAAAACAAUUUUAGAUAUGAUAAGCAUUCGACUUAAUCAUCUACAUCUGUUGGUAUGAAUAUUCCAGACUAGUAGAGUCCUUGGGAUUUUAUGGAUUCACUGCUGAAGGAAAAAAAACACUAUUUUGGGACUUCAUAUCUCGGCACUGAAAAAAGAUACUGAACUGAAAUUUUUUUCAAACAUAUCUUGAUGAAAUUUCACUGUAUUAAAAAUUUCAGCUUGAUUGAGAGAAGUGUUUUGUCCACCAUAAUACUUUGUGCAAAAUCAGUUUUAGUGCCAAGAACUCAUUUUUCUCGAAAAAUAAACCUCAGCUUUUUCUCGGACUACUCCAGUCUUAAAGAGCAAACUGUGAUCUGUAUCAUGACAUAAGAACCUACUUGGGAUACCUCGAAACGACUUUGCAAUCGAUUCAUCUUUUUGGCAAGAAAUGUAAUCAAUGAUUUUUUCUGUCCGUUUUAAAUAAUAAAUUAGUAAAAUUUUGGGAAAGUAUGGACAGAUGUUGUUGCUAGCAAAUGAAAUGUUCCCCUCAUUGUACUCUAUCAUCCCAUAUGUUCUUCUGUAUUUUAGUAUUUACUCUUAAUAAGUUAUUACAUCGAUCAGCAAUCAGAUAUGAUACAUCUCCUAGAUGGCUUACUUGAUUGAACUUCGAGUAGCAGAUAUAUGAAACGAACACUUUCAAGAUAAUCAUUACAAAUUCAGAAUUGUCAAACACAAUAAAGCCGCUUGAAUACAUUUAGAUUCGAACUAUUAAAUAAGAAUAAAACACAUGGACAUAAUGUGCUAUUUUUGAGAUUUUUCAGCCUCUGUUUAUUUAAUUUGAGGAAUGUCAUACGUGGUUGUUUUACUAGAAAUUAGCCAAGGUGUAAAUAAAUGAGUCGCUUUAUUUUCUCAUCUCUUUUUUUGUAGGUAAAUAUAUUGAUAAUUCCGAUUCAUGAUAAAUCAAAAAUUACAUGUCUAUGUCUAAUAUAAUUUUAAAAAUUUCAAAUUUCAAACGAAAAAAGUUAGCUUCCAUCAACAGUUUAUAUUAACCAAAUUAACAAAAAGAAUUACACAUGUACAUGUUAACCUACUUGAAAUUUCGCUGAAUAAAAAUUGUCUUGAACGGUCGGCAUUUUCCUAUCAAAUUUUGGAUGUGAGUGAGUGGGUGUGAGUAUCAAUGUGGAUGAACAUCAAAAUCCACACCCACCCUCAUUCUUUAGUCCGAGAACAUCGCUAACAUAUGAUGUUUAUAUGUAUAUAUAUGUUGUAGGCAAAAUUGAAAUGCGGGCAAAUUUUAAAUUUGCCUAGGCAAAAUUGAAAUUUUAAUUUUGACUAGGCAAAAUUAAAAUUUUAAUUUUGACUAGACAUUGCUUGGGCAGAAUUGAAAUUUUAAUUUUGCCUAGGCAAAAUUAAAAUGCCACUAGAGAUAAAUUCAUAGCAUCAAAACAAUUAAAAGUGAAUCGAAUAUUUUUUUUUAUUCAACAAUUUUUCUUUAUUUAACUAAACGAUUUACAAUAAAAAAAAACAUUUUAAUCUAUUCACCCAUAUUUGUACAACCACCUCGUUUUGAAUGACAUUUUGUUGAACAAUAAACCCCCAUUUUUUUACACGAACAUUGUUCCCUCGACUGAAAGGAGGGUCAUAUGAAAAAAAAUAGUUUGCUUGCUUGUCGCAGGUCAAAAGAACAUAUAUGAGAGGUCAGCUUAUUUUAAGACUUUUCGCUGUUUUGACGGAACUUUGCUAUAGGU